CAGGCGUUAAAGGACGAUGGACAAGCUAAACAUCAUCAGGCAGUAUGCGUCUGACCGCCUCGACUCGCAAGCACCCCCGCAGUUCAGCCUCGUGGAGCUUGAAGCAGCAAUCCUUUGGGGGGGAGGCAAGGUGGUCAAGGGGGUAGACAAGCAGCUGUUGAAGAAAGCAUUCGUGGAGAUAAGCGAGGAUGAGCAGGAACUGCCACGCCGCAGGGCACGGGCGCGUGCAAUGCUACUUGUCAUUGAUGCAGACACCGCCAACAAGUUGCAGAGACGCAGGGACAGGUAUCAGCAAGCGCCGCCGCAGCAGAUUAUGCAAGCUGAAACGGCAGCCAUCUUCUCCAAUGAUGGCCAAGCUACUGAAGAACAAGGAAGCGAGCGGAGCUGGCCGCAAAUGCAGGACAAUGGGCGCAGGAUGGCCCCCCGUGCAACGUAUGACACCCAUGAACGCGACGUGGCAACCGGAGAAAUUGCUAACCUGAGAGAGCCCAGGAACGUGGAGACACUGUGGCUGCCCCCGUUGACUUACCACGGCGCCCCCCGGCCAAAAAUGUUCCAGAACGACCCGCAGUUCCCCCCCUACCCCCAAGUGUUCCGCCCCGUCCCCGUCAAUCAGGAGUACUUUGGACCCAACGGAGCGCGGCUUGGCGACCACAAUAAGGGGAACACAAAGCCUCUCUGGAGAGACCCCCGGAAGAGACCCUUUAAAGAGGUCGGAGAGGGCGAGAACGAGGAGUGCGGCUGGUUUGAGCAGCCGGUCAAGAGCCAGCGCAACGAGGGCGUGGAGAACAGCGGAGGAGUGCGGGCCAAGAGGCGCUUGGAGCUGGGGAGCGGCACGUUUGAGGCGAGCGCGAAGAGAGGGAGCGACGGCGUCUAUGAGGACAUGCCACCAUUGGAGCCGGUCCUGGAUGUGCCGGCUGGCAGGACGGAGUACGAAGAGACGUUCCAGGUGGUCGGGGAUGACCCCCGGGCGGAUGCCAAGCACGUGUACCGCUUUUAUGAGUCCAGAGCCGCGGCCGCCUUGCCGCGGCGCGUCGCGUCCAGCGGCCCUUACCGCAGCCGCGAGGAGCUGUAUCGCGCGGAGCGGCGCCCCGGGAAUCCGCCAGUGCGCGAGCACGACGAGCGCGAUGGCAGCACGGUGGUAUCUGGCGGGAAGAGCUGGGUGAAGAACGAGGCCGUGCACCAGACCGUGUACGACCCCCGGGACGUCCGGGCCUUCCCAGGGAGCGAAGUGUUCAGCCAGCGUUACGGCAGCCCCGCGGGUAUGUACCGGGAGGAGCGGCGCCCCGACUUGGCGCAGGGCCUGCCCGAGGAUGAGCGGAGGAGGGCGAGCUGGGCACGCUGGAGGGGUGCGCGGAAUGGGAUCAUGACAAGAAGGACGCAUUUCCGCCGCACGCCGGACAGGACAAGACUCAUGGGCGCGUUUAGGGAGACUCCGCUCGGGGCCUAUGACAGAGGAAACCAAGAGGACCACGGGGCAAGAGGUGCUUGUUUAAGGGAGAAGAGACAAUAA